AUGAUUAAUCAAGAAGAAAUUGAUGUUUUACGAACAAUUUAUGCUCACGAUCUCACAAUUUCAAAUACGAACCCUAGAUGGUAUGGAGUGAUGGUUGCUACUGGUGACCAGCAUCAAUGUGAAAGUAGUGAAAAUGUAGAACAACAAUAUAUUCACGUAUUAUUUCACGUGCCAUCUGGAUAUCCUUCUGUACCUGUUGAAGUUCGUGUAGUUACUCCUGUAUUAAUUACGAAUUCAAAAACUUCAAAAUCUUCGAAUAUAAUUGACAAUGAAAUUAGUGUUAAAGAAGAAUUGGAAAUUAUAUUAAAUUUAAAAGCACAAGAAAUGGCAAAUAAUGAAGAAUUUGCGAUGUAUGAAAUAGCAGAAUUAGCAAGAAAUUGGUUAUGGGAUAAUCAACGACUUUCAAAUAUCUCCCUUAAAAUUAAUCAUGAUUGGUGGGUAGGAGAAUUAUUAGAUAGAAUAUUUAAUUGGCAAACAAAUUCAUAUUCACCUUCAAAAAUAAUGGAACUUCAAUUUAAUAUGGAGCUUCAAGUUAUUGAAGGCAUACAAAAAAUUUGCGGUGUCGAAGUUGAUAUUGCAAAGGUUAGAUUCUUCUUAAUGAAGAAUCUUUGGAAGGUUGAAAAGACGAUCGAAGCUGUUACAAAGAAUAUAAAUGAAAAUAAUGACGAAACAAAUACUAACUUUAUAUAUGAAACCACUGAUGACAUUGACGAAAAAAGUUGCAGCAUUUGUUUUGAUACUUUUCCAUCCCGUGAAAUAAUAACUUUUGUCAUAUGUAAUCAUAGUGUUUGUAAUGAAUGUUUUAUUCAAUAUCUUUCACUAAAGAUAUCAGAAAAUCAUGUCUUCACAAUUAGAUGCCCUGGUGAGGUUAAUUGUCCACAUUUUGUUGAUCCUAUAAUAAUUGGACGAUUACUUUCACCAAAAUUGAUUUAUAAAUAUUAUUCUUGUCUUCGUGAAUCAUUUAAUCAACUUCAACAACAUACAGAGAUUACAAAAAAAUCUCAAGCAGCAAAAAAAUUUUCAUGGUGUAUAAAUCCAAAAUGUGAUCAUUCAUUAUCUCAACAAAAUUCGGAUAGCAUUGAAACACCAUCACUCUUACAUUGUAAUGGCUGUACUUUAACCUGGUGUUCCUCAUGUGAAUUUAUGGGUGGACAUUGGCCAUCAUCAUGUAAAGAUCAUGAAACUUACCUUCUUACAAGUCACACCGUAAAAUCUAUUAAAAUAUUUAAAACUGAAGCUUCAGAGAUCAUGACGAAACCAUGUCCAAAUUGCAGAAUUUUGAUUACUAAGGAUGGAGGAUGUAUGCAUAUGACAUGUCGAUUUUGUCAACACGAAUUUUGCUGGAGUUGUUUAGUCGAAUGGAAAUUGAGGACUCAUAGUGCUCUUUACGAGUGUGAUAAACCAAAAUCGGCUAAUGGAGAAACAUUAUUUGGCAUAUUUGAUGUAGAUGAUACUCAACUCUUACCUGGAACAUUUAAGAGAAAAUUUAAACAAGGAGUAAUUGUACAUUCACAAGCAAUAAAAAAAGAACAAAUGGAUUUGGAUGUUUUGGUUAAACAAUAUAAUAAUGGAUCAAAUACUAAAAAUGUUAGAAAAUUGAGGAUUUAUGUAACUAAAUUAUUGAUUCAAAUUAAUUAUAUUAUAAAAUUUGCUUCUAUGGGAUUUUUUUGUAAAUCAAAUCAUGAUAAAAAUGAAGUUAAAAAAGGUAUUGAAAUUUUACAAAGAUUAGAAUUUGGAUUAAGAAGUUUGGAAAAUGCUAGAGAACAAAUUAUUGAAAUUGAAAGAGAUAAUUUUGGAAAAAGUAAAGGUAAUAUAUUUAAUACGGUAGAUGAAGAGACACGAUUUAAGCAGCUAGAAUAUGAUAUUGAACAGUAUAAAGAAAGAUUAGAAAAUAAUAUAAAGAAACUUGUAAAAUUACUAAACUAUUUAGAUAGUUUAACAAAUAUAUAA